UUCUUACGAUUUCCACUAGGUAUAUUAACAAAGGCGCGUCAAGUUCAUAUUGUUCCAGCUCUGAUUUUUCCUUUUUUAUGCAAAAACAAAAAACAUAAAAUAAAUAUAAGAAAGAUUGUUUAUUUUAGCUUUAUUAUAUUACAGCUUGAAAUUUCCAGGCUAAUGUUUUCCUUCUUCUUCUUCUUCUUCUCUUUACUAAUUUCUCUUCCUCUUCUUUCUGUUCCGAUUUGAGCUGGGUUUAAUUCCUAGUUGUGAUCUCUCAGCUUUUGUUCUAUGUUGAUCGAAGCUUUACUUCACAGUUCUUGGCAUCAGUAGUAAAGGUGGGACAUUUGUGUCGCAUUGAGGAAGAAACUUGGAUUUGGGACCUACCCUUAAAUGGCUUCUUCAACUUCUGGGAUUUUCUUUCAAGGAGAUGAUGAAUCUCAAAGUUUCAUUAACUCUCACUUGACUUCCUCUUAUGGGAAUUCAUCUAACUCUGUCCCUGGAUGUGGACCUACUGGUGGUUAUCAUAAUCUCAGUAUGGUUUCUGGUGAUAUGCAUAAUCCUGUUAUGAUGACUGUUUCGACCCCGGGUCCAAGCGCUGGAGCUAGUUCGCUUGUCACAGAUGCUAAUUCUGGGCUCUCUGGAGGUGGUCCUCAUUUGCAGCGUAGUGCUAGUAUCAAUAAUGAGUCCUAUAUGCGUUUACCGGCGUCUCCAAUGUCGUUUUCCUCUAACAAUAUCAGUAUUUCUGGGUCAUCAGCUGUAGACGGGUCAACUGUGGUACAACGGCAUGAUCCAAGUGUUCAGCUAGGAGGUUCCAGUGCUACAUCACUGCCUACAUCACAAACUAAUCAAAUCCCGCUUUCCAUGGCUCGUCGUGCUUCUGAAUCGUUCUUUCAGGACCCAAAUAACUUAAACCAAGCACGGAAAAAACCUAGAAUAGAUUCAAAGCAGGAUGAUGCUUUGCAGCAGCAGAUUUUACGUCAGUGGCUUCAGAGACAGGAUAUAUUGCAGCAGCAGCAACAUCAACAACAACAAGGCCAGAAUCCACAAUUCCAACUUUUGCUUCAACAACAAAAGCUGAGGCAACAGCAACAAUAUCUUCAGUCCCUCCCACCAUUGCAACGGAUUCAGCUGCAGCAGCAGCAACAAGUGCAGCAACAGCAACAGUUGCAGCAGCAGCACCAACAGCAAAAGCAACAGUUGCAACAACAAGGAAUGCAACUGCAACUAACCGGUGGGCCAAGACCUUACGAAAAUAGCGUUGGCGCUCGAAGAUUGAUGCAGUACCUAUAUCAUCAGCGACAGAGGCCUUCUGAGAACAGUAUUGUUUAUUGGAGGAAAUUUGUAACGGAGUAUUUUUCUCCCCGUGCAAAGAAAAGAUGGUGUCUUUCUCAUUAUGAUAAUGUGGGGCAUAGCGCACUUGGUGUUUCUCCUCAGGCAGCCACGGAUGAAUGGCAGUGUGAUCUUUGCGGUUCUAAAUCGGGAAGAGGAUUUGAAGCAACUUUUGAUGUCUUACCAAGGCUUAACGAAAUCAAAUUCGCAAGUGGUGUCCUUGACGAGCUUCUUUAUCUGGGCGUACCGUCUGAACGCAGAUAUGGUUCUGGAAUUAUGGUGUUAGAGUACGGAAAAGCAGUUCAGGAGAGUGUGUAUGAACACAUCCGUGUUGUUCGUGAAGGCCAUCUUCGGAUUAUAUUCUCCCAAGAGCUGAAGAUUAUCUCAUGGGAGUUCUGUACUCGCCGACAUGAAGAGCUACUUCCUCGCCGCCUAGUAGCUCCACAGGUGAACCAACUGCUUCAGGUUGCAGAGAAAUGUCAGAGCACAAUUGAUCAAAGUGGAUCAGAUGGGAUUCAUCAGCAGGAUUUGCAAGCUAAUAGCAACAUGGUCAUGGCUGCUGGACGUCAACUAGCAAAAAGCUUGGAGUCACAUUCACUCAAUGACUUAGGCUUCUCCAAACGAUAUGUUCGGUGUUUGCAGAUUUCUGAGGUUGUCAGCAGCAUGAAAGAUAUGAUUGACUUUUGCCGUGACCAAAAAGUGGGUCCAAUCGAGGCUUUGAAGAGCUAUCCAUAUCGAAUGAAGGCUGCUAAACCGCAGAUGCAGGAGAUGGAGCAACUAGCAAAUGCUGCUCGAGGACUUCCACCUGAUAGGAACAGUCUCAACAAGCUAAUGGCCUUACGCAAUUCCGGGAUAAACAUACCGAUGAACAAUAUGAGCGGUCAAGGUACUCUACCCGGCUCUGCACAAGCCGCUGCCUUUGCGCUUACCAAUUACCAGACCAUGCUCAUGAAACAAAACCAUCUGAAUUCAGACCCGAACAACACCACAAUCCAACAAGAACCAUCAAGAAACCGAAGUGCAUCCCCUAACUAUCAAGGAACUAGUCCUUUGUUACCUGGUUUUGUGCAUAGCCCAUCAAUAAGUGGUGUUUCUUCCCAUUUAUCUCCUCAGCGGCAAAUGCCAAGCUCCAGUUAUAAUAGCUCAGCCCAGCAAUACCACCAACAAUCACCGUCAUGUAGUAGCGGUAAUCAAACAUUGGAACAACAAAUGAUUCACCAAAUAUGGCAACAGAUGGCAAACAGCAAUGGAGGCACGGGUCAACAACAACAGUCACUUUCUGGUCAGAACAUGAUGAAUUGCAAUGCCAACAUGGGAAGAAACAGAACUGAUUAUGUUCCCGCAGCAGCUGAAACACCAAGCACCUCCAACAGAUUCAGAGGCAUCAAGGGGUUAGACCAGAGCCAAAAUCUGGAAGGUAUUAUCUCGAAUACAUCGCUCAACUUUGGGACUAACGGGUUUUUUAGCAAUGAGGUUGAUGAAAACAUGGGAUAUUCUUGGAAGUCAUGAGAGAUCUUUUGAUAGUUAAUUCCAAUGUUGUCUUUGUAAAGAAUGAGUUACUAAAGACUAACUUUCUUAGGUAUAUGAAUCUCAUGAGGGGGAUUUAAUGUUAACGUGUCUACUACCAUGUUGUUGUUCUUUCUUCUUCUUAGAUUAAAGCUUCUCUUUUUAUGAAGAGGUUUUUCUGGAAAGUGUUACUAAUUCUGGAAAAGAAGACUGUUCUUCAGCAACUCAUCGCUUAUCAGUCAAUAUUAUGCUUUUUUUUUUCUUUU